AGGCGAGUGAUGUAAUAUGGGAGACAGAAUGUAGCUGAGUCUUCAAGCCAGGCCAACAGAAGGUUCUGUUUUGUUGUGUUGAGGGGAGGAGCCUGCCUGGGGUGUUUGACCACUUAGCUAGCUGGGACCCUCAGUGACAAUGAAGGGACCAGCUGACUAGAUUCUCAAGUAAAGCUAGAAAUAAGGGAGGCUCAUGGGGUGUGCUCCUUCUGUUUGCAGAAAACUGAAAAACCGAGUAGCAGCUCAGACAGCUCGGGACCGCAAGAAAGCGCGGAUGAGCGAGCUGGAACAGCAGGUGGUGGAUUUGGAGGAAGAGAACCAAAAACUUUUGCUGGAAAAUCAACUUUUGCGAGAGAAAACUCAUGGCCUCAUCGUUGAGAACCAGGAGUUGAGAGAGCGCUUGGGGAUGGAUGCGCUGGUUAGUGAAGAGGAGUUGGAGACCAAGGGGAAUGGACCGAGGCCAGUGACCGGGUCUGCUGAGUCCGCAGCACUCAGACUACGUGCAUCUGCAGCAGGUGCAGGCCCAGUUGUCACCCCUCCAGAACAUCUCCCAAUGGACUCUGACGGUGUGGACUCUUCGGACUCUGAGUGUGAUAUCCUUUUGGGCAUUCUGGACAACAUGGACCCAGUCAUGUUCUUCAGGUAUCUUUCCCCAGAGUCGACCAGCCUGGAGGAACUCCCAGAGGUCUACCCAGAAGGACCCAGUUCCUUACCAGCCUCCCCUUCUCCAUCACUGGGGACGUCACCAGCCAAGCUGGAAGCCAUUAAUGAACUAAUUCGUUUUGACCACGUAUACACCAAGCCUCUCAUCUCAGAGAUAACGUCUGAGACAGAGUCUCAAGCUGAUCUGGUAGUGAAAAUCGAGGAAGCACCUCCCAGCCCCUCAGAGAAUGAUCACCCUGAAUUCACCAUUGCAGUGAAGGAAGAACUUGUAGAAGAUGACUUCAUCCCGGAGCUGGGCAUCGCAAACCUCCUCUCUUCCAGCCACUGCCUGAAACCACCUUCCUGCCUGCUGGACACCUGCAGUGACUGUGCAUAUGAGGCCUCCCCUUCUCCUUUCAGCAACAUGUCCUCCCCACUUGGUGUUGACCAUUCUUGGGAGGACACUUUUGCCAAUGAACUCUUUCCCCAGCUGAUUAGUGUCUAAGCAACAAUUCAGUACUGCCAUCCUUGCCCUUGUGUAUUAACACCACUGCCUGGAGGAUAGCAGGGAGGCUCAUCUGCUCUAAAAGCCAAAGUAGAGAGGUGAUGUCCUAGAAAAUUCCUCUUAAGUAUUUUGUCUGUUCAGAUCUCAAAGAUGACCCCAAGUAUUGUCUUCUGACAUCCAACAGCCCGAAUACCCGGCUCUAUGACAGAACUCAAAAUCAACAGCUUUUAAGCUUGUACCUAUCGGCACUGCCCUAAAACAGUUGUUAUGAGGUGGACCAUGCAGACAAUAAGGGUUGUUGGGUGAAUGUCUUCACGUAGACAUGGUCUGUCAUUUCCUGUCCCGUCAGCAUCCCAGGCAUGCUUCCAAUUUUAGGUCCUUAGGCUUGUUCCCGGAAGCAGAUAACCUACCUGAGGGGGUGACUUUUCCUUCACGUACAGUCCUAAGAUCAAGAAUCUUUUGUAAAAUUAUGGAAAUUUACUAUGUAAAUGCUUGGUGAAGUUUCCCGGCUGCCGUAGCUACUGGAGGUGCUUUCUCCAUUUAUUUAAACCACCUGUGCAAUUAAAAAGUGCAAUGCA